UAGCUGCUAGCCGUAAACGGGACGUUACGUCCGGGGUAAGGGAGACGGGGGCUCCCGGUGCUGCAUGUCCCGGUUCCACAGGGCGCCUUCACCAUGGCAGAGGUGCACAUUAUCGGACAGAUCGUCGGGGCGAGCGGCUUCCCGAAUAACAGCCUAUUCUGCAAAUGGGGAGUUCAUGCGGGAGGAGCAUGGCGGCUCCUGUCGGGACUGAAGAACGGUCAGACCCAGGUGGACAUCCCCCAGACGGGGGACAUGGCGUACUGGAGCCACCCCAUCGAUCUGCACUACGCCACCAAGGGACUCCAGGGCUGGCCAAAGCUUCACCUCCAGGUGUGGCACCAGGACUCCUUCGGCCGCUGCCAGCUGUACGGGUACGGCUACUGCCACAUCCCGUCCAGCCCCGGACACCACCGGAUAAGCUGCGUGACCUGGAGGCCGCUCGGUUCCUGGCAGGAGCAGCUAGCGCAGAUAUUUGUUGGCGGUGGUCCACAGCUCCGCAGCCCGGACCUGAUCCACAGCGGGGCGGACAGAUACCGACUGCACACCGAGGCCAUGGGCACCGUGGAGCUGGAGCUGGGAGUCAUCCUCAGACACUUCGACAGCUAUGGCGUCGAGAGCUGAGACAACUUCACUAAGGACUUUUGUUUUUGUUUUUCAGCCACUGCAUGUACAUAAUAACGACUUUUUAAAUCAUAUUUUCUACAUUUUAUAAUCUACAUAUGUUUUUAUAUAUUAGACAACAUAAGUCAAUAAAACAGCUGUGUUAAGGAAGCGCGUUUGGGUUUGGGGAUGUGUUUUCAUAUUGAAAU